UUGAUCAGAUGGUACCCUAUGGGUUCACCAAGGACCAGGUUGGGAGUACGGUCAAGCAACUUCUCAAAGCGAGACUGAAAAAGCCCAAAAGGGUUGUUGAAGUUCGCCAGUUUGAAUUUUGUUACGUGACAGGUGAUUUUUAUUAAUAAUGAGACUGAAAGAGCCCAAAAGGGUCGUAGAGAUGCAAAGAGACAGGAUGUGAACGCGGCUAUGGCGCCUUAUCCAGACACGACUCUUUUUUAUUUGGAACGUAUACAGCGGACUGACAAACCGGGUUGGCGUGGGCCAUGGCACACUUGUAUAUGUUUGGCUUCUCAGUUGCUAUCGGCAACCAAAAGCACUGGCCUUCGGGUUGUAUCCUGCAAAAGCUCAGAAGCGAUGGCCCUGGCAGUGGGGCAGGAGGGAUCGUCCCAAGAUUCAACAGCAGCAAGUUUGGCUUCUCAGAAGCUAUCGGCAAUCAAAAGCACUGGCCUUCGGGUUGCAUCUUACUUUACUAAUGAUCCUUCAAAUCACAAAGAUCAUUAUUCUGGUUCCAAAGUAGAGUCUGAUGAUGUUGAAUCUGCAGGUCUGACGAACCCACCGACAGCGAUCUCAACAACUUCUUCACAAACCCAUUCACCUUCAUCAUCAUCAUCCACUCCUUCUCACCCCAUCUCAAUUACCUCCCAAAAACCAAACUUUCAAUCUGAAACCCAAACCCAAACCCACUUAUCAAACCCAAUAGCCAAAGCUUUCCGUGAGCUGGAGAUGGGCAAAUCGUUUCUCACUUUCAUACUGCCUACAGCCACAAUGAUCUUCGCACUACACGGCAAAGAUUCCUCCCCCGGAGUUUUGUAUUCGAUCUUGUGCUUACUUUGCGCUGCCCUCGUCGCCUUGCUCUACGGAAUAUCGCUGCGUGACUUGUUUCCUGGGAUUGCAAAUUCAUUUGAACAAUUGGGAAUUGCAUUUAUUUAUACAUCGUUUUUUGUAGUGGUUUCAUCUCACCUUCCCUCGGCCGUUUUUUGGAUUCCCUUAAUCUGUUUUAUGGCAUCAAUGCCACUAUCUAUCUGCAGUUGUCUACCUGUUAAAAAGAAGGCCAAUACCAAAGGAUUAAUGCUUGAGACCCCCCAAAAAUAGAAAGUCCGGAUCCUUUGCCAUGGUUUCCGACAAUGGUUCUUGCCGUGGGUCCAAAACGACGUCGUUUUUGCCUCUUUUUUUAUUUAUUUUUUAUUUAUUUUAUUACCCUUUUGCCCUUUUUCUUGUCUCUCAGUUGAGAACCCUUAACCCACCCAAGAGCAAGAACAUAGAGACGUUUGAGGAGGGCGACGACGGCGCAUUUACAUAUCUCACUCCAACUCCUAGAUCCCUAAAUCUCCAAUCCUUCAUAGACGAUCGAAGGGGAGAACAAAGCACCAGGAAACCAGCAAACCAAUCAAGCCGCCAUUGCCGCUGCCACCAUUUUUUAUUGGAUUCUUCACUGGUUAUUAAUCUAAACACUAGCGAUAUAACUGGAGGUUUGGAGACAAGUCAACAAUUUAGGUGGUGGUUUGGGCAGAUGCUAUCAACUUGUGACCAGUUGCAAGAAAAAGAUGAUGCUUGAUGCUUUAAACUAUUAGAUUGGCUACUAAGUAUUGAUGGAUGGGAAUUCAACUGAGCUAAUUAGUUUUUGGUUUGUUAGAAUUAAUGUUUAGGUGUUGCCGUUUUUGGUCUGGUUUCCUGUUGUGUAUGUUAAUUGUUAUGUUGCUUUAUGGGCAAUUGGCCCUUUCCUCCAAUAAAUUUUUUAUUUGGGUGAUC